AUGUCUUGCUGUAAAGGCUCCCUCCCAUCAUAUGACCAGUUACCUGUUGACCCCAGUGCACCCGAACAUUCUGCGUGGGGUGUUUGGGGGAAAGAAGACAAUCUGGGAACAUUGAACUUGCUGACAAAAGACAAAGUUGAAAAGGCAGCAAGGUUAGUUCGACGGGGAGAAGUUUUCCCCCUCAAUUGGAAGCUUGAAUGUCCUAACUCUGGCAUGAUUGAUCGAUUCGCCCCUAAGCAUAAUGUCAAACCAAUUUUUGAAAACCUCGCAUUCGAUGAUGUCUAUGAUAACUUUAAUACCCAGGCUUCGUCUCAGUGGGAUGGUCUUCGUCACGUUUGCCAUGUAUCCAGCAAAACCUUUUACAAUAAUACUUCUCCAUCAGAUAUAACAAAAUCCACAGAAGGUCGGCUAGGUAUCCAUCAUAUGGCUCGCCGCGGUAUUGCUGGCCGCGCCGUCUUGUUGGAUUUUGGCCGUUGGGCUGUCAAAAAUGCUCCCGAGUUUGACCCAUUUAAACGAUAUGAAAUUACUGUUCAACAGCUAGAAGCUGUUGCAAAAUCUCAAAAUGUAAAGCUUGAGCACGGAGAUAUCGUACUGAUCCGUACAGGAUGGACCAAAGCUUACGAGAACAUGGUGGAAGCUAAGGUCGAUAUUUCUUUAAAUGCUACCAGUUCUGAAGAACUUCCACAGUGUGCUGGUAUUAAGGCUUGCGAAGAAACAUUUAGCUGGGUGUGGAACAACCACUUUGCUGCAUUGGCAUCUGAUAAUGUUGCCUUGGAGGCUAUGCCAUUUGAUCCACCGAACUCUUGCCAUUCAAUGUUUUUAGGUGGAUGGGGUAUGCCAAUUGGAGAGCUUUUCUUUUUAGAAGCUUUGGCAGAAGACUCGGCAAAAGAUGGUGUAUAUGAGUAUUUCUUCACUAGUGCUCCUCUUAAUAAGUUUGGCGGUGUCGCUACACCACCAAACGCAUUGUGUAUUAAAUAG